GGCUAAUACGCAUAUACGUCGACCUGGAAUCAAUCCAAAAUUACGUGGCGAAAAAGUGUACCAGCACUGUACUAUAUGCAGCGCACAGUAUUACAUGCACAUCAAUCGCUGCACCACCUAAUAACGUUCGUAGUCAGAGUCCAAGUUCGAAAGACCGUACUUCGUAUAAUCAGAAGCCAUGACAGCUCAAUACAAUAAACUGGAGAAUGGUCAUGACCUGGAGAGUGGAAAGGCAUCACCAUUCUUAGAUGACCCAGAUACAGUCCAAACGUUUAAUAAGGUACCACAAGCUCAGACCAUUGGACAGGCACGGUAUGGCCAGCAGCCGGAUGACCAUCUUCUCUUUGCUAUCCUCAGCGCUCUAUUCUGCUGUAUCCCGUGUGGUAUCGCAGCCAUUGUCAAGUCUGUUGAUGUUCGGAAUAAAUGGCUAGUUGGUGACAUCGUAGGGGCUACCCAGUCUUCAAGAGCUGCUAAGCGAUAUUCGAUAUGCAGUCUGGCAUGUGGGGUUCUCUUCUUCUUGACCUAUCUUGGUCUCCUUGUGGCUUUCUACAUGUACACCAUGUCUGCUAUGCAGGAAAUAAAUCAGCUUGGACAACCCGGUAACAUGGACCAACUCCAGCAGCUGCAGCAGUUACAGAACCAGCAGCAGACACAGCUUACCUAGCUCAAUCUGGGACAACACGCCUAACAACAUUCAACCAAUACCUCUUAAUCCAGAGAAAACAGCCAUAAGAAACACAGCUUGGCUAGCUUAAUCUGGGACAACACGCCCAACAACCUUAAAAACAUGUUUUGACUCAGCAACAUCUACCAAUAUAGAUCCUAUUCCCUUCCUAAAAACUUGCUCACAAAUGGCGCGGUAAAACGUCGUAAAAGAGCUGCAUGAAACAAAGGAAUUUUGGGUAUUCACUGAGCUAGCCCUUUGUUAUAAAAUACGCAAAUGUGAAGCUUACUAUACCUUACGUCAUAUAAGUAAAAGCUCGCCAAUAUUUUGGUCGCAUGGUGUCUGACGAGCCAUGAUAGGCAUGCACAGAAUGAGUAAGGCCCUCAUAGACAAAACUAAUGAGUCAUAUAAGCUCGAACCCAGAGCCCUACAAAACAUAGUCAACUUAAAACAAAUUGGUUCGUACUUUUAAUUUUUUUUAAAAAAACAACACACAAAAACGUUCACAAAUUGAUAUAUUCAUGUACAAAUCCCUGAAUAAUUGUCUUUCUUAAAAUGGAACUUGUUAUUCAUUUUGGAGUGUUAUUUUUCAUUCUCACGCAGCUGUUUAUCUUGGUAAUCAUCAUGGUCUUUCUUAUGUUUUAUAAUCUUUCUAAUGAGUCUUCUAGAGAUGGACAAAAACUCUUGGACUACGCUAAAACAAAACGAUUUUGUGUUGUCAAUGUAUAUUUAAGAUGUUAUGUUAUGCUUAUACUCGGUGUUAAAAUGUAUCACGAUCGCAUCUACUUUUAAAAAAGCAACACAGGGCCAUUUCAAUAGCCUCGAGUAUGCGUCACCUACUGAAAUGUGCGAACAAUGAGUAUUACGUAAUAAUUCGAACAUGAUUUGUAUAUGGGAGGUACAACACCAACAGGGUAAGGUAAAGAAAUUUCCCUCGAGUUUUUUUUAAAUAGUUGCAAUCCUUUUAUGAUUUCAUUUCCAAAUGUGUAAAUAUUUCUUGAUAGUCGCUAAAAUAAUGAUUGAUAAUAUACAUGUUAAGGUUACUGAAAUUACUUAUAAGAGUGAAAUACACGUACAUGUACUUGAAUUAUAUUUUCUAUGGAGACAGCUUUGCACAUAAUGUAUUUUUCUAUUUUUACUCGGGCAGUUCACUAUAAUUAUUGUUUCUUUGUAUAUAUUGUAAUAAUGCUACUGUACUUUCACUUAGGGCUUAUUUGAUAAUAAUCCUAGUAAGUAAGAUCGAUCACAGUCAUUCUACAAAUGGCUGAAAACACAGCGAAGAGCAAAAAGAGUUGAACAUAACAUUGUAUUGAAAUCGACAGAAAAUAAUAAAAUAUGUAUAUGCAUGUAUACUUUGAAAUGCUUUCAUCAGUUCAUAUCUGUGUGUUU